AUCUAAUGGCCUGUGACAGAAGAGGAAGACCUGGAGACCGUUGUGAUAGCAUGGUUGGUUUCAGUGCUGAUGAAACCUGGGACUGUGCAGUAGACACAUGGAGCCCAUCAGAGUGGAAGAUGGCAUAUGAACCACAGGGUGGCUCUGGAUAUGAUUAUUCCUAUGCAGGGGGUCGUGGCUCAUAUGGUGAUCUUGGUGGACCUAUUAUUACUACACAAGUAACUAUUCCCAAAGAUUUGGCUGGAUCUAUUAUUAGCAAAGGUGGUCAGCGGAUUAAACAAAUCCGUCAUGAGUCAGGAGCUUCUAUCAAAAUCGAUGAUCCUUUAGAAGGAUCCGAAGAUUGGAUCAUUACCAUUACAGGAACACAGGACCAGAUACAGAGUGCACAGUAUUUGCUGCAGAACAGUGUGAAGCAGUAUUCUGGAAAGUUUUUCUAAGACUAGUGAAGACCUGAAGGAGUCCUAUAUCUUUUUUUUUUUUUUAAUCUGUUUCUGUUUAAAAAGCCAACAUUCCUCUUUUUCAUAGGUGUUCUGCAUUUGAGGUGUAGUGAAAUCUUUGCUGUUCACCAGAUGUAAUGUUUUAGUUCCUUACAAACAGGGGUGGGGGGUAGGGGAGGGUGUGCAAAAACUAACAUUGAAAUUUUGAAACAGCAGCAGAGUGAGUGAAUUUUAAUUUUUGUUCAUUGUUGGUGGUUUAAAAAAAAAUCCCCCCAUGUAAUUAUUGUGAACACUUUGCUUUGUGGUCACUGUAACAUUUGGGGGGG